AUGACUCAAAUUCAACAAGAUGACGAGUCAUUGCUAAGAAAAAUCUUGGAUGGGUUGAAUACUAAACAAAGACAGGCGGUAGUUUCACCGUCUGAAGAAAGGUUGCAAAUCAUCGCAGGUCCUGGUACAGGUAAAACUAAAGUAUUGAUAUCAAGAGUUGCAUAUCUAUUGAUUAAAGAAAAGUUAUCACCGCAAUGUAUAAUUGUUACUACAUUCACCAAGAAAGCGGCUAAUGAGAUGAUCGAAAGGUUGGGCGAGCUACUUAAGGAUACGCCAAUCAAAGUGGAUAAAAUAUUAAUUGGGACAUUUCACAGCAUUUGCUACCGAAUAAUUAAGAUAUAUGGUAAGAAAAUAGGAAUUAGUGAUUAUAAUAUUGCAGAUGAACGAGAUUCGAAGCAGAUACUAGAAGAGAUGAUCAUGAAAUUAUCUGGAAUGGAAUUGAAAUAUAUUUCAGAGUUGCCAGAUAGACAGACUGAUGUGUUCAAAUCGAAUAAAGAGGAUGAUAAAUACCAUGGAUGGGAUCCAAAGAAGAUCAAAAGACAAAUUUCUAAGUUGAAAUCCUCGGGAAUUCAGCCUGAUGCUUACGAAAAUCGCAUCGACUGCAACCAAUUCCUAGGCUUACUAUACACGAAGUACCAAAAACACUUACAAGCGAAUUCAAUGUUAGACUUUGAUGAUUGCUUGAUUUGCUGCCAUCAAUUAAUAACUACAUAUCCAGUGCUUAACUUUGUGGAGCAUGUUUUGGUUGAUGAAUUUCAAGAUACAAAUGAGAUUCAAUUACAAUUAAUGUAUGAAUUUGCCAAAGGGCACCCCACGAACCCUAGAUUGCAAAAUAAUGUUACAAUUGUUGGGGACCCAGACCAGAGUAUCUAUGCAUUUAGAGAUGCACAAGCAAUAAACUUCAAGAAAAUGAAGGAACAUUAUAGAAAGAUAUAUAAAGAAAACCCCAUUAAUAUCAUCACUUUGGAAGAAAAUUAUAGAUCCACCUCAGAUAUUUUAAACCUUUCAGAGAGAAUUAUGAGGCAGCAAGAUGAUCGCCUCUCCAAAAUGCUUAAAUCACAAAUGGUUUCAUCUUUCCGACCAGUUUAUUCCAAUUUAAAAUCUCCUGAACAAGAGGCCCGUUGGAUUUCAUACCAAAUUGAACAUUUAAUGGCUUUGCCUAAUUCAAUUUUUAAAUAUAAAGAUAUUUCUGUGCUAGUAAGAUCCGCAUAUCAAACAAGAACUAUUGAAAAUGAAUUCGUUAGGAAAAGAAUACCGUAUUUGAUGGUUAGAGGAACAGCCUUCUGGAAUAGAAAGGAAGUAGUAGCUAUACUAGACUAUUUACGUGUUAUUUCUUGUGACAAUGAUCGUAUUGCAUAUUUACGUACAAUUAACUUCCCGAAGAGAGGAAUGGGAGAAAAGACUUUAGCGUCCAUAGAUGCAGAAUUAGAGCUAGAAGCAAUAAAACCAAAUAUUUAUAGAAAACGAGUCUAUUAUGUGCUACAGGAUAUCGCGGAUGGAAAGACUUCUGUCAAAUUGACGUCAAAGAAUCAGAACAGUCUUACUAAAUAUUUGGACUUUAUUGCAAAUAUGCGCAGCAUUCUUGAAGAUAUCAAUAAAAUCAACGACAAUUAUCAAAGCGAUUCAGAAUCAAUAAUUGAAGAGAGGAAUAAAUUACUCAGCAAGCUUUUUGAACUUGUUUAUGUGAAAUCAGGUCUUCAGAAAGAGUUUCAGAAUGAUCCAAACCACGAACUAAAUAUUAUGGAAGUCCAGACACAACUCUGUGAAUUUAAACCCAAAGACGAAGAAUUACCAUUAUAUCUAGGAGGCUCAGAAUCUGAAAUUGCAGAGGAUAAACGUAAUUUUUUGGAAAAAUUCAUUCAAUCAAUUGGUUUAUACGAAACUGAUUCUGCAAAUGAAAAAGAAAAAGAGAAAGAAAUUGCUCUGAAAUUUCCUGGUAGGAUAGAUAAGGGUAAAGUUGCUUUAUCCACGAUUCAUGGAUCAAAAGGAUUGGAGUGGCCGAUAGUAUUUGUUCCAGGAUUGUCAGAUGGUAUACUACCAGCAAAGUUUGCAAUGGAUUCAGGAGGAGAUGAAGCAGUCAAUGAAGAAAGAAGGUGUUUUUAUGUGGCAACUACUAGAACAAAAUUACUUUUAUAUAUGUCGUCCUAUAUUGAGCAAGGUGAUAUAGGUAAAUGGGGAAGAAAACCUAUUGAUUCUGUUUCCCGGUUUAUCAGCAAUUUGCAGCAUACUGGUAUGAUGGAAAGUAAGCAGGGGGUGUUCAAAGAUUGGCAAAUACUAUCGAAAUUAUACAAGAUAGUUAAUAAGCCGAUACCUACAGGAGAGCAGUUCAAUUUGACUCAGUUCAACAAAGCUUAUGAAUUGAGAUCAAAAGCUUAUAUAAAUGGCGAAUCUGAAAUGAAAAUAACUGAAGAAUCCUUCAAAAAUUGUGAAGAAGGGUCUCCGUGUUUGGACAUCACAGGUUUCAGCAGUGCUAAAGUACAAAUGAGUAACAAGAGGACUAACGAAAUUACGCAUCGUACUCCCCAAAUGCCCAAACGUAUAAAAGAGAGGAGUAAUCAAUCUAAUAUCAAUUCAUUCUUCAAAUCACCAGCAAAUUUACAGCAACCUCUGUCGCGAAUGAAUGCCAACAGUAGCUUAUCUAAACCAUACAGGGUGCCUAUUAUAGAAAAGACGGCUUCCAACAAGGCUCCCACUAUAUCAAAAAUAGAGAUCACGAAGCCGAAGUGCAACAAAGCACCUCCAUAUAUACCAGUCAGGAAGGUACCCUCUUAUAUGCUUAACAGAAGAAAAAAUGUAAAUAACUAG